UUGGCCACCUAAUUUUGUAAUAUCGAUGAAUUAAUUGCAUACUCAGAUACAAGGUCUCAUGGGAUUAGUCUUCAAGUCUAGAAAGUUUCCGAAAUCUUCUACGAUUGUAAAAUAAAAUGUUUAAGUAAUGGUCAUUCAAUUAAAGGUUUAUUUAUGGAAUAACCAAAAAAUAAGAAAUUAGUGUUUUAGAGAGAGAUGAAAAAAGAGAUACGAAGAGAAAAGAGGAAAGAGUGUGAAAUUUUAGUUAGAUAGUGAAUUAUGUUUUUUUGUGUUAUUGAGCUUAAUUUUCCUUCAAUUAAAUACGUUAAUUAGACAUCUAUUAUGUUACUUAUAACUUAUAAAAAUAAUAAUUUUUUGGUCAACUUAUAAAAAAUAUUUUAAAAAAUAAUUUCAAUUGAGAAAAUGAAGCCUGGCAUUCUAAUUUACUUUUGAGCAAGAUAUAAUCAUACAAUCGACACGUGUCUUCCUCCUGAUGCGACGCACUUUUUCUCUUUUGGUCUUUCUAAUUUCUAUGAAAAAAAUGAAAAAAAGAGGGAAAAUUAAGAAAAAGCCCCAUCGAUUUUUACUAAUAUCUGACCAGAAUAACCUCAUGGGAGUCCCAUUACCCGUCCAUAAAUAUGGGCUUCCAACACUGCAAUUCUUCCCUUUUCUCCUUCUAAUCUCACUCUUUAUAUAUUUGGAAGAUUUUUUUUUAAUUGUCUUUUUUCUUUGGUUAAGCCAUGAUGUCUACAAUUCAUCCGGUUUUAUCAUGUGAACCGGGUCAAACAACCCAUGUCCCAGCUUUCGAAACCGGGUUCACUCCAUGGGACAAUUCACACCUCUUCUCGGUCUUCGACUCAUCAAUGAAUAUAAUACCUCACUCGGUUCAUGAGUACCUAAGCCCUGAUUCGGUAAACCGGUCUGGUCCAGACGUUGUUCCAACAGAUAGUUAUACAGAUGAGCGGAGAAAGAAACGGAAGUUAUCGAACCGGGAAUCGGCUAGGCGGUCAAGGGUGAAGAAACAAAAGCACUUGGAGGAGAUGAAUAUCCAGCUAAACCAGCUCAAGAUUGAGAACCGGGAAUUAGAAAACCAGAUCCGGUACGUUUUACAACAUUUUCAACGAACAGAGACGGAGAAUAAUCGUCUGCGUCUUGAACAACGUUUGCUCCAUAGUAUGGUGUUGAACAUCAGACAAGUUUUGAUGUUGCAUCAGAUCGACCGGAGCUCAGACUAUGUCACAUGGCCUUACGAUAACAAUACUCGUGUUACGGUCCAACAUGAUCCAGUUUGUGAUUUCUGAAAUUGUUUUCGAGUUUAGUAAAAUGAGAACACCUUUGUAAAAAAGUUUUUAUAAGAAAUGCAUGUAUGAUCUCUCUUGUAACGUUAACAAAUUAAAUUUCGUUUUCUUUAA